GUUAAAUACAACUUUAAUGGUAUGUAUACAAUUGUCUGAUUAUGUAAAAUUUACAGUUAAUUAUAACAGCCCCUAUAGAGUCGAGCAUUUUAGGUGACAGUUUUGCCGGACAUCCUGAAAAUUGAAAUCUCUUCUCGAUUCCCGCGGGGCACUACACACACACACACACACCUAUAGCGUACAAAUUCCAGGGGUCAAUUUUCCUCUACGAUGCAAAAAGGAGCCGAAUUUCCGCGUGAGGGCGCUUUUCUUCAAAUCGGAAACCGUCCACGCUGGAGUGAGCAUCGUUAUGGCCGUUUCUGGGGUUCGGUGCAUCAGAUCUGUUUUCCCGACGCUUCCAGUAAACAGUCGUUGCAUCCAGUUGCUGUUCGCCUGUGUUUGCCUGAUUUAAGGCAUCCGCUGUUUUUUUUUCUACUUUUAGGGUUACGUGUAAGGGAUGCGAUAAAGAAAAAUAAUCAUGGACAACGAUACGCCGUUGCACUCAGCAAUCAGGAACUUCAAAGAUGACUUAGAUCCCAUCAAGGUCCUGCUGGAAGUCGACGACAGCGAUAUCAACGUCAGAAACUCGAAAGGAGAGACAGCCCUGCACUUGGCUGGACAGAACAGGAAAUGCUCUGAGGAGCUGAUCAAGUUGUUACUAGCGCACGGCGCAGACGCUAAUGCCACAACAUCACCGGAUGGUAAUUCAGUACUGCACUUUUUCGCAGGAUCUUGCAUUAACUUGUACACAAAUGAAGUGGCAACAAUUCUACUGAAACACGGUAGCGAUGCCAACGCCCGCAACUCGAAGGGCGAGAUUCCCUUACACAUGGCUGUUAAAAACGAAGAAUGCUCGGAAAAUGUAAUAAAGCAGCUUCUGGAGUACAGUAGCGAUGUGAACGCCAGUGAUUUGAAAGGCGAUACGCCGUUUCAUUUGGCUAUGGCGAACUAUAAAUGUUAUGAUUAUGUCAUGAUCAGACUCUUUCUGAAAUACGGGGCUGAUGUGAGUAAAAGAAACGGGAUGGAUGAGACCCCGUUGCAGGCUUAUUACCGUGGCAAGACUGAGGGGAGUUGUCCAGUGGAUCCUAGAUUACAAAUACUUCUCCAGACGAGGGAACAGCAACUGGAGAAUUCCUCGGAGUUACACGUAGCCUGUCUAUGUGGCAAACCCGAUGAAGUUCGGGACAUGUUAUUGAAGCUCGGUGCCGACGUCAACAGCUUAGAUAAGUAUGGCUAUAGUCCGCUAGCUUACACUUUUCUCAGGUACCAUGACGACUACGAUAGAUGGUACAUCGUGCAGUCUUUGCUUCAUUACGGCGCUGAUAUUUGCCAUCAGAUUACUCUCGAAAACAACAGUAAAAGGAGCCUCAUUGAAGUGGGAAUGGCGACUUACAGUUACAGAAAUAGAGACGAAAGUGAGCCCCAAAAGAUGUUGUUCGGAAUCAUCGAUUUUAUUGAGCACAUAGCCAAGCUCUUGAAGCUGUACGAAGAACAAGCCGAAAUGGGCAUCAACGCGGAGGCACUACAAAAUCUACAAGGAAUCUUAGGAAAAAACCGAUUCUAUGUAAUUCUUAUGACCAUUCUAAAUGACUCCCGUCUUAGUAAAGAGAGCUUGCUCUCCAAGUGUUCCAAGGAGUUGGAAGCAAUGAGGGAGACCAGGCUAGACGAGAGCAAACAGACCUUCUGGGACUUGAUGCUCGCCAAGACGGCUGCGUCUUACGUAAAGAAUAAGAAGCUGGUCGAAGCAUUUUACGCCAAACAUCACAUAUUUCCGAUGUACCAAGGGAUUUUGGAGGCGAAGAUUGACAAGGCCCUCGAGCGUCAAAGACUCAUCGACAAUGCGACAAUCUCGUUCUUCAACGUUCUGAAUUUCGCUGAUCCCAGUGACGAAUUCUACGAGAGGACUUUGUCAUAUUGCAGCAACAAAGAUUUGAUAAAUUUGAUUGAUGGACUGAAGGAAAGAGAGUAGAACGAGUUUGUUGUAUGCGUGAAUGGAUGAGAGAGAAGAAAGUAUUAAUUAUAUAAUUAGUUUAUUCGUGCUAUGAAGAACAAUUCUGUUAGAGAUGUAUUAUAUUUCAUAUUUUAGUAAUGUUUUUUAAACUAUAGUAGAAUGAAAGUACGGGAUAAGAGCUUUAAUAAAAAAAAGUGUUAAAAAUGCUCGAUUCGGUCAAAAGUUACAUAGAAUUGAAAAUCAACUGUCUUAAAUAGAUACAUUCAUUAACCCAUUAUCGUAAUUUAUAUACAUCGCUCAAAAUGAUCUUAUUGUCAUUUUUCAUGACGGCUAUAUAUCACGCGCAAUAAAAUGGACUUGACAUUAUACUUGCGGCCUUGAAUCACCUUGACAUUCGUCUCGGUCUACUCGGUCAUCUUUAUGUAGAUUUAUACGGAGUCUGGGUCGGACCGUGAACUGAUCCUCGUUUUAGCGACUAAUUUUCUGAUUGAAGACAUUUCCAGUCGGACGAACAAUUUCAACGUUUCCGAUCCGAGUCUUCAAUUAUUUACGCCGCGAUGUUAUAGCAUAGAAAUCCGCAUUCGACUCGGCCCGCUCAUUUUAUGCGCCUGAUUGAGAAGGGGAUUUUAAAUUGCGACGAGUAUGGCAGUGAAAUUUCAAUUCGACGUAUACGCGAUGUCGAAGAAAAAGUAAAAAAACAAUUAUGCACUUGCACUUUCAAAUGUGCGACUCAGGUAAAUUGGUAUGUCUCAUCGCAUGAAUGGUUUGCUAUUCCUCUCUAGAAGUUGUAACUGUGAGUAUCAAACCUAUGCGCGACAAUGGAGUUUAUUCGUUGUUGGAAAACCUUGAAUUUGAUAUGUUUAAAUGCGUAAUUAUAUAUGUAAGUACGUUAUUAAACUUUUAAUGGAUCGUAAUGUUUUAUGGGCCGCGUAAUUGAUCUACAUUGUUUUCUGAAAAUCUUUGACUGAAAUGAAUGCUAUCGACGUAUUCGAUUGUGUAACAAAAAAUAGUCUUAAAAUGUUAAAUAAAUUCAAUGAAAAAAAUAAAA